CACUGCCUGAGGGGAGCUGCAGAGCUGCUAUAGGAGCAGGUGAUCGCCCUUAUUUGGUCAUGGCCCAGAUCAUGUGACUACAAAAUGGUGGAAGCUGUGAGCAGUUUGCAAGCCGAGCAUCUCCGGCAAAAGGCUGGCAGCAGGAAGUAGACGCCGGGAUCCAUGAUCUGACACACAGGAGCUUCCUCCCGGCAGUGCCACAGUAGAGCCACGCGAGAUGCUCAACGUGUUAGUCGAUAUUAUCAUCAGCGAUAUGUCCUCCUGCGGUCCGAGCCCAAAAUGAACUCUGAGGGAAGUGAAAGUAGACCUGUGCCGCCCACCUCCCUACCUCUGCAAGGAGGUGCCACCCAACGUAAGAAGCUCUCGGCGCCCCGCAUCAGCCUCUCUCUGGACCAGAGCGAGGACGACUUGGGGGAGACACCGGAUGACCUUGACAUCAGUGUCGAUGACCUUGACACUCCGGAUGAAGGGGAUUACCUGGACUACACAGACCACGAGAUGGACUGGGAAGAUCCCAAGGCAGCCAGUCGAAGUCGGACAAGCGAGUCGUACAACUCAAUCCCGACUUACAGCGCCGAGGAGGAACGUCAGGACGGCAAACUAUGGCGGACGGUGGUCAUCGGCGAGCAGGAGCACCGCAUCAACAUGAAGAUCAUUGAGCCGUACAUGCGAGUCAUCUCCCACGGAGGCUACUAUGGCAACGGUGUCAAUGCCAUCAUCGUGUUUGCCGCCUGUUUCCUGCCUGACAGCGACAGAGGCGACUACCACGAAAUCAUGGAGAACCUCUUCCUCUACGUGAUCAGCACUCUGGAGCUGAUGGUGGCCGAGGACUACAUGAUCGUGUACCUGAACGGAGCCACGCCCCACAGGAGAAUGCCAGGCCUGGGCUGGCUGAAGAAGUGCUAUCAGAUGAUUGACAGAAGGCUCAGGAAGAACUUGAAAUCCUUCAUCAUCCUGCAUCCAUCCUGGUUCAUCAGGACCAUUCUCGCCAUCACCAAGCCCUUCAUCAGCACCAAGUUCAGCAGCAAGAUCAAGUACGUCAACAGCUUGGACGAGCUGGAACAUCUCAUCCCCAUGGAGUAUAUCCACAUACCAGAGUGCAUCAUCCGACUUGACCAGGAACUGAAGGAAGCAGGCGACAACUCCAAAAUGAAUAGUUUUUUGCUGGGAUCAGAGCCAACGACUGCUGACAGAACAGACAGAGCAGAUGAAGCCGGCGCCAGCGGUCCUUAAAGUCACUGUCCUGUUAUAUGUGUGUGUGUGUGUGUGUGUGUGUGUGUGUGUGUGUGUGUGUGUGUGCGCGUGGGUGUGCGUAUUCUGGGAAAACAUCACAUUCUCGGGUUUAAUAUGACAACCCGUAAAAGGAAUAUUAAUAAGUCCCAUGCGCACAUGGAGGAAGAGUAGAUGUCAUUCCCAUGGAAUACAUCCGCACCUCCAGUCUAGUGUGUGUAGUACUGUGUUGUUACUGUUGUUGUGUGCAUGAGAGGAAGUGAAGCAACAACAACAAUAAUAUCACCCAACCACCCUGCUCACACACGUCACCACUGUCAGUGUUUCUGUUUUUCAGAAUAAAACCAACAACAAAAAUAGUAGCAAUGCAGCACUCCACUCGAUUUAAUGUAGCCUCACUGGACACUUCAUUAGGUACACACUUAUCAGACCCACGUUAUGAUGAUUGUGGUUUGGCAUUAUUCUGACUGCUGUUUUUUAGUCCUAAAUGAUAUUCAUAAAAAUAUUAUAGGAAGAUUAUCAUACUGUAAAAUAUUAUCAUUAUUAUUACAUAUUAUUUUUUUUGCAGUGGUGUUGAAUUGCACUCAGUUUAUUCCAAAAAAAUGUAAUGAAAAAAAAAUCUAAAAUAUUAUAAACUUGAUAUUUGCCUCUUAAAAAUAUUUGUUAAAAAUAUUGGAAACAUUUCCAAAUCUUUUAUUUUAAAACACAAAACACACACACACACACACACAAAAUAAUAUAUAUAUAUAUAUAUAUAUAUAUAUAUAUAUAUAUAUAUAUAUAUAUUUUGUUUAAAUAAUUUGCUGUGUUAUAGAAAUGAACUGCAUCAUACUGAUAGCAGUUUCCAAAAAAAUGUAAUGUGGCAAAAAAUCUAAAAUAUUCUAAACUUUAAUUAUUAUAACUUUUAAUUCGGAAAACAUUUGUUAAAAAUAUUAGAAACUUAAAAAAAUCGUAUAUUUUAAAACACUGUCACAGAUUUAAAAAAAUGUUUUAAAUCAUUUUGGUGGCUUCCAAAUUCACUGCAUUAUACAAAAAUGGUGUAAAAAAACAAACAAAAUAUAAAUGUUUUAUUCUAAAAAUAAAAAAAAAAAUCUAAAAUAUGGUUUGUGGUUGCACUGCAUCGGAGUAGCAGACUGCUGUUUUAAAUGUUUUUUAGAAACUUUAUUUCAUUCUAAGAAUAUCCUAAACAAUACUGAGUGCUGUUAACAUUUUAGACUAGCGAGUUAACCACAACAAUAAACGUAUCGUUAAAUGAAGCCGUCCACGACAGUGUCUCUGCUGGUGUGGGUGUACCUCAUGAAGAAGCCAGUGAGAGUAUUUCUGAUAGAGGACAAAAAAUAACAAGCAUGUCCUUCUAGUGAUGAGCUACUGGAGUUGAUGUUUUUGGUCACUUUGUCUUAGAAAAAACAGUAAAUGUCAUCAUGAGGAUUAAGCACAAUAUCUUCUAGGUGUGUGUGCGUGCCUUUGUGCAUUAGUGCAUGUAUCCUCAUAGUGAAAUGAUGAUCCCAUGUACACACAAACGAUGGUCACUCGUGACUUGUAGUUCAAGAAUAAUAAACAGACUUGUAUCUGAACGUUUUGUGAUG